AUGCUCUACCGGGGAGGCACGGCAGAGGCCGUACAACGUCUCGUGGGUCUUCGUGCCGACAUCGACUUCCAGUUUAGUGCCCGUGCAGCCUCUCCAUUCGGCGCAGUGCUCGCGAUAAUGUCUCUCCAGCACAGACUGGGACGAGUCACCGCGCAGACAGAGCAGUUCUACCACUACCGCGGCAUGACUCCGCUCAUGGCAGCUGUUUUCUCGUCGCAGCAUGAAGGAGCUGCUGCUCUGAUUGCAGCGGGGGCCAAUCUGGAUCUCAGGAACUGUCGGGGCUUCAGCGCCGCGGACUUCGCGAAGAGGAGGUCUCUGCCGGAGUUUUUGGAACAGGGGUUAGUGGGUGACCGCUCCGCAUGCCGACGGGUGACGGCAGUGGCACUCGCCACCGGCACGGGCGGCAUGGUUCAAUGCACGGUCUGA